AGAGUGAGGGGAGAGGUAGGUGAGGUGAGGUAGUCAGGAGAGCAGGACGCGCCAGUUGCUGCCGGUUCCUGCAGACGGAGCUAGUCGAUAUCGCCGCUCUGCGUCCCCACCACUGGCUCUGUGAUCACCCACUUCCCUGCUCCCUCUGCUGGCUGUACCCACACGUCAGAUCCCCCUCGCCUCCAGCCCUCUCUCGUUCCUCUUAAUUUUUAAAUCACAACAGCCAUUUGCGGUGAUGGCUCGUCGAGACGCACAUCGUCUUGAAGAAACAUAGUACACUCUCUUAAUAACAUUGAGCCUGGUAGCGAUAUCAAAACCAACAAGUGAGGAACGUCAGAAAAAGCCCGCGAAAGUUAGCAGGGGGCGACGGAAUCAGCAUCACAAGUAGCAGUUCAGUUCCCGGGCCGAGAUCAACAGGCAGAGGCGGAGGAUGGUAGAGCAGGUGGCGAGGGGCGAGCUAACAUGGUGAUCACGACACCUCCAGGCUAGUAGAGGAGUUGACCAAUGUUGCGGCUGACGUCUGAACCCAAUAAAGUCGUAAUCCAUCCGCACAAGAUGUUCGCCUCCAGACGCAAGAGCCUGCCAGACCCCUCAGCCCUAUCUUCGUUAUCUGGCACUCGUAACACUAAGCGACGCGCCUCCAAUGGCUUCCUCAACCCAGAGCUGAUGGCAGUCCCUGGUGAUGGAGGACCAUCAGGGUUGAGCAGUGGUGGCAGCAGCCUGGGUGAUGGUCGCUUGCUGGUGGCUGAUCUCAGGCAUCAUAACUUUGAUGCCAUCCGCUUUGCUUCCUAUCGCACCGCUGCCAAGCUCCGCUUUGUACAAAAGAAGACAAAUAUGCAUCGAGUUGAUAUUUGGAACAUCAUUGAAGCUUUCCGAGAAAAUGGUCUUAAUACUCUAGAGCCAUACACUGAGGUCAAGGUGUCGAGGCUGGAGACGUUAAUAUCAACCUUGUAUCAUAGUUUAAACAAGAGACUCCCAGUGGGACAGAAUGUUGUUAUUGAGUCAUCUACCUCUAUACUUCUAAACUGGUUGCUGUCUGCUUAUGAUAAAGAUGAUGAAGGCAAGUUGCGAGUGUUCAGUGUGAAGGUUGCAUUGGCUACACUGUGCAGCAGCAAACCUCUUGAUAAGCUCAGGUAUAUAUUCUCACAGAUAUCUGAUGGCAAUGGACACCUUUCACUUAGUCGCUUUUCUGAAUACCUGAAGGAAGUCCUUGCGUUACCAGCUGCUGUUUUUGAAUCUCCGAGUUUCUCGUACUCAGAAAAUUUAGUCACCCAUAUAUUUGAUGGGGUAAAGCAAAUUAAUGUCAAUGACUUCUUAGAAGUAGUUUUGGAGGAUCCGGGUCCAGAAUGUUUGGCAUGGUUACCCCUUCUACAUCGCCUUGCUGCCUCUGAAUCUGUCAUCCACCAGACCAUGUGUGAUGGGUGCCGGAGAGAAAACUUCAGCGGACUGCGAUACAAGUGUGAGAAGUGCCACAACUACAGUAUGUGCCAAGAGUGCUUCUGGCUAGGACGCUUCUCUCCCCCUCACUCCAUACAUCAUCAAGUGAAAGAAUACACCUCAUUUACACCAACUCGACAUUCUUUCCGUCGUAGCUUACGCUGUGUGCCAGACAGGCCAUCAGUAGAUAGACCAAGGUUUCCUGAGCAUCCAGAAAAAACUUUAAAUCUUUCUCAUAUAGUACCUCCAUCACCUCUCCCUACACAUAAUGGUUUUGAAGGAGGAGCUUCAGCACCUCCACCUACCUCCUUGGAUAGUCGUUCAUCCAGCAGAAGUUGUGUUAGCAGCUUACCAGACUGGAGUCAGCUGGACGAAGAGCACCGGCUCAUUGCCCACUAUGCUGCUCGACUUGCUAACCAAACUUCACAGUCAGGCAGUGAGAGUGUUGACUCCAGCCCAGGAUUUGAUGCCUCUUCAGCACAGCGUGAACUUAUCCAAUCACUUGAGGCAAAGAAUAGGGAUAUUAUGAGAGAGAUUAAUGCUCUAAGGAACAGAGUGUAUGUUUGCAGGCGACAGCAGGAGCGCGUGGAGGGUAGCAGCAACCCGACAUUGGUAGCAGAGCUGAGAUCCCUUCGGUCACAUCGUCAUGAGUUAGAGUCAAACCUUUCCUACCUCCAAGACUCACGCAAGCAGCUGAUGCAGCAAUUGGAGAGUCUUAUGAAAAUGCUCAAGAAUCAUCAAACCUCACCCACGACUCCAAAUGGAUCACCAAAAUCACCACCCUUUUCUACGAGUGGAACAGGUGGUAGUAGUGUAAUGUCAAACCUUCCCAGCGGGACACAGGGAUCCGUGGCUUCAUCGCGCUCGGCUCCGGCAACGCCCUCACAUACAGCUCAAGUAUCAACUUUAGAUUCUCUUUCUUCACUACAUGUUGAUGGCCUACAGUCAGCAGUUUCUUCAGUAUUCUCAAGUGCUGGGUCAAGUUGUACUCCAGACAACUCUCCUGAUGAUAGUCUAGCUUCUCGCAGUCUAAGAAAUGAUCUUUUAGUUGCAGCCGAUUCUGUCACAAAUGCCAUGUCCAGUCUUGUUCGGGAGUUAAAUUCAGAAAGUUCAGAUGAUGACUCGCUGCUAACCAGACCACUGCCUGAGCGAGACUAUGACUUCAAGGGCAUAUACGAAAGUCCAGCUUGGCGUAGCAUGACUGACGGCACCUACAAUGAAGAUGAGGGACCAUUAUCUCAUCUACACAUCCGCAAAUCUAGUGGGGACCUGCCUCUACUUAACACACAGGUUGGAAUGGGGAACAACAAGUGGCGUAACAGCCUGGUAGGCAAUGAAGACGAUGACUCAGUUCCUAGGAAAGAAAGCAACACACCUGAUUGGGAAGAGGCUGGUAUGGGGUGGGUCAACAGGUAAAGCUGAACAUCACAAAACUCAUAAUCAGAUGCAAGACAUAUUAUCUGACUAUACUACAUGAAGUUCAUUCAAUGUGAAAGACGUAUUUGAAAAACAGUGUAGCAUUAGAUUAAUAUAAUUGGUAUACAGUAUCUCUCUAUAUGAUUUUACUUGAGAUAUGGAACAAACUCAAUGUAUCAUGAUUAUUAUUGUUGGUUAAUUGCAUUAACAUAGUUUGCAUUUACUUUAUUAUAAAUUUAUGAGAGAAAUGGCUUCAUUUGCUAGUUUUCAUCAAAAUGAUAUCCAGUUGGUUUGAACAUGAUUACACUAGUUUACAGUUGCUUUCAGUGUUUUCACGGGCAGACACCGGACAUGGUCAUUUUUUCUUGAUUAUGUGAUGUCUGCUAAUCUGUGUAUUAGUCAUUUUCACAACUUUUUAUUUUUUUGCACUAUGCACUUGUCAGUGUUGUCAAAAACAUGCAUGCAAUGGGAAAAAUCAGUUGGGACAAACAUGUAAUAAAAUAUAUCACUGCAUUGAUAUAGAACAAAUAUAGAACACUGUAUUGUUUGUGUGCAUGUAUUUGGUAUAUUACAGUGAGAGAAAUGGCUCAGUGGUAGACACCAAUGGACAUACAGGUAGUUAUUCUAUUUAGCAGGUCAGAAUCUAGAUGGUAAAUUUUAUGGCAAAAUGUAUGACCGUAUGAAAAUGUGUUUUCUGUGGAGAGCCCCUCCAGCUCCCGGAGCUUACCAGGCUGAUAUGCAUGUAUUAGACCAUGGCAACAGUCCUUCAAAUGGAGUUCUAAUACUUACCAGGGACCACGAGUCAGAACCUGGCCCCCUUCAGAAAGGCAUGAGGAGCAUUGGCUUAGAGAAACCUCCCUGUGGUUGGAAGCAUUCUAUGUCUGCCAUCAACCGGGUUAGGCACCCAGAAAGGUACGUGUCCCAAAACAGACCCCAACUGGUGAAACAUUGCUACCAAAACCCGAAAUGCUAAACAGAACUCCACAAACGGAAAACAAGCAAACAAGCAUGACGUCACACCCGCCGCACCACCUGCCUGCGCAGCUUUCUCCUCCCCAGGAGGGGGAUGGGGGCUCCAGGUCCCUGCACUGGAUAUCCAACCUCAGUUCUGAGGCUGUUGUGCUUGGUGGCGGUUGUUCGACUCUGGCUCCAGACUCGGUGCAGUGCUGUGCCCUUGCAGUGUUGUUCUGCUGUGCUGUGGUGUGUGCGAGCCAGGAGUAAUUCACGAGGUACUGGGGCUGCAUGUGCCUAGGGCUCCCUUUCCUAGGUGCCCUGUAAGUACUGCCCGUGUGGUUUAGGAUUCUCUUCCAUAAGCCGUUCGGGGAACUACCUCUGUAGGGAUCUAUUACUGCUUGGUGAUUGCCUGCCCUUGGGGUCAACUGGGGUUUUCAUAGCCGCUAUUUGACCUUGGGUUGAAGGUGGUAUCGUCACUGGUAGGGGCGCAAGAUACUGUGCAGCUUGUCUGACAUUGAUGCACAGCGGCCGGUUCUGUUCCUCCUGGGGACAUUGUGCUUUUGUGGUGUUUUUCUUAUCUUUUUGUUUCCUUGCCUGGUGGAGGUCUGCCCCUUGGUCACUGUCCACCCUCUGUUCUUCUGAUGGUCCCCUGCUAAGGUCCCCAUGACUGUAUACAUCACAGGGGUUCAGCUUUAGUAGUUAUCUCGUUACUUGGGCCAAUCGGUUAGCAGUACCCUGCCUGGGCUUCCCUUAGCAGUUAGUCUAAGGGCCUUAGAAAACCCUAUUGGGGCUCAUCGAUCUGAUGGAUGCGUCCUCUGGGUCCCAUCUCACCUUGUGUGAGUUUGAGGGUUGCUUUGUUCCCUUGUCUCAGGGUGACAUUCACUGGGUUUACCUGUCAUGCUGUCUGUUCAGUCGAUGACACCUUUGACCCAGAGUCCUGCGAGUGGUGUUCCUUGCUGGUACUCCACUUCAUCCAGUCCACUGAUACUGAUAAUCUGGUGCAGGCAGCUUUGGCAUUGCAUGCAAGGUUUUGGUUGCUGCAAUGUGCUAGGUUGGUUGCCUUUCCGGAUGCCCCGAGGCUGCCUUACUUUGGUUAUAGGGACCCGAACUUGGGGGCAUUAGUCGCUUCUACUUUAGUUUCGUCCACGCUACCUCGUCCUUUCCCUGGUGGUUGUCCUACCCCCCCCCCCCCCCCCCACCUUCCCUUUUCCCUGCUGCCGGCUCCCAAACGACUGAGGGUUUUGGAGUCGGGGUCAGGGCUUAGAGGAUGGUGAGACUCGGCCAGUUUUGGGGGCUGCCCCAUCCGAUUCGAUGAUGGAGGCAUUCAAGCCUGUUUCUCCAGCCAGGUCUUUGAGGUCUGACCAGCAGACCCUCCUUUUCCCAGCUUUUCCGGUUGACUCUGCCUUUUCUUUAGGGGCGGAGGGUUUGGAGGACGGCUCUGCCCUGGAUCCUGGUGUGGAGGAUCCCGGGGCUGGGGAGGAGCUGACUUGGGACCCAUUUGACCCCGAUUGAGUGUUGGUACCCACGGCACGAGGCUUGUUGUUGCAGGAAAAGGGGUUUUCUUACCCUCCUCUCUGUACAAAUUUGAUACGAGUUCUGCUCCUCCCCGAGGUUCAGUUCCGGGUUUCGUUGGAUUCUUCGGUUCCUUCCUUCCAGAGGUUUUCAGCCUCCCACAUCUCCCUUAAGGCCAUUGUGGCUUACCUCCUGCGUGACCCGGAUUUUGCCUCGAUAAUGGACCCUUCCUCAUUUGAGUUCGGUUCUACUUUUCCUUAUUGGCUGCAUUACAUGGUGCUGGAGUCAUCCUGUUUAGUAGACUGUCCUUUCUGUUCUUUGGGGGUGUGGUACUCGUUCUGUCGGACCUGCAUGCUUGAACGGUGGGAAAUUUCUACGGGGGUAAAGGUUUACCUGAGGGGUGAGUUGGAGCACCUCAAUGCAUGCUUAUUUGCCCCCAUUCUUCCUAAGGAUAUCGGCCAGGUGCAGCUUCACAUGUAGAUUCCCAUCCUUUUGGCACCCCUGGUAGCUGAGGAUUUGCAUGCCCGGGGGCAUUUGGCUUUGGUUUUUGCAUUUCUUUUCCCUGCUCGAGCUGUCUUCGUAUUGGCUUGAGGAGGAUGUGGAGGUGCUGGGUACCUGGCCUGUGUCCGGUACCUGACACUUACCUCAGUGGCUCAGGCAUCAGCUGCCUUGUUGAAGUUGUUUGCGCCGAUUUUGAAGGAGGCGGUGUCUCUGUUCUUUGAUUUUUGUCACCUUUUUGUCCAUUGCUGUUUGCAAAUUAUGUGGUUCUGCAGUAUCUGCAGGCGGCAGCUUCUAGCUGCCGCUUCAAGCCACUCCAGCCAGCUUGGAGCUUCUAGCUCCAAGCCACUCACCAAUAUGUUGUCCCUCACACUGUCUCCCUGCUUUCUCUCAUAAUCACCAUGUCCAUCCACUUUUCUGGGCUUUGUCGUUUUCUUCUCUCAAAAUCAUUUAAAUACACUUCACCAACCUAUUAUCCAUUUUGUUUAAUAUGCAUAAACCUUCUUGGUAUUCUCUUCUCAAUCUUGAAGUUUUUAAAUUUUGUCCUCCAUAUCUCUCCAUGACAUUCAUUCCUUAUUAUAUUUUCCUAUAGACCGGGGAGCCGGUCGGCCGAGCGGACAGCACGCUGGACUUGUGAUCCUGUGGUCCUGGGUUCGAUCCCAGGCGCCGGCGAGAAACAAUGGGCAGAGCUUCUUUCACCCUAUGCCCCUGUU